CAGGUGAGCAGCUGGGCUAGCAGAGCUGCUGCUGCUGCAGAGAGCGGAAGCCCCGGAGACGCCUCAGGUGGAGCCGGCUGGCUGGUGUUCCGGGAUCCAGCUGCAUCCCAAGAGGGAAAGAAAGCACCCCUGCGAGUGGAGCGUGACCCCGGGGCAGACUCCACCACGGCUGCCGGCCCCUUGGACUCAUCGGUCUGGGUUCCUUUGGAAGAGCAGAGGGAUUUUGCUUUCGGGGCUGACGUUCAGCCUUAAUCUUCGCUACCAGGCAUGGGGGACAUGUGACCCUUGAUGGACACUGCUGCACAGGGCACGGCUGAGCCGGCGAGCAGAGUGGGCGGCGUGUGGAGGAGCAGCUGGGGGGCGUGCAGCAGCUGAGCAGCAUGCCCGUAGAAACCCUCCAGGCUGGGGACAUGAUGAAGGGGGUUUCAGUGACGGCGCCCUUCACCUCGGCAAUGCCAUUCCGGAUCCUCAACAAGGGGCCUGAGUACUUUCGCCGGCAGGCAGCCACUGGCACCAGGAAGCCAAGCGCCGUAGAGAGGCUGGAGGCAGACAAAGCCAAGUAUGUGAAGAGCCAGCAGGUCGCCAGCACCAAGCAGGAGCCGGUGAAGCCACUCCUGAAGCAGCCCCUCUUCACUCCCGGGGUCCGGAGAGCCAUGCUCACUCCCAGCCGCAAGACCCCGCAAGGGGGCCGCAGAGUGGAAGCCUGUGGGCCAAAGACCUCCUUGAACCUGGAGAUCCUCAACAACCUCAUCAACAUCUGUGACAGCCCCCUGCCCUUCCCCAAGUCGGAGAGCCCCCGGGAGCACAAGUGGAGAGCAGAGACAAGGGAGCCCCCAGGCAAAGAGCGGGGUGGGCACCCUGCUGUGCAGAGGAGGAAGGGCCCCUCGGAUGGCAUGAGCAAGCUGUCGGAGAGCUCCAUCACAUCCAAGCCCUCCAGCACAGUGGCCGUGCGCAGAGUGGAUGUUCGGCCCUGCGGGGUUCGUCGGGACAGGGUGACCCCAACCAUCCAGGUCACCCCUGUGCCCAUCUCACCCGCCAAGGCCAGGAUCCCCUCUGCCAGUUCCCUUAGCUCACCAAAUAGAAGCCCCCACGACAGGCGGACAGACAGCGCCAAGCGGCAGACCCUCCUGCACAGGUCCAAGUCUGACCUGAGUGACAGGUACUCCCGGGCCACGGCCGACCUGGAACGCUUCUUCAACUACUGCGGGCUGGACCCCGAGGAGGUGAGGGACAUAGGGGUGGAGCACUUUGCCCGGGCCAGCUCGGACAUUGUCUCCAUCAAGUUUCACAGCGUCAGCACCGCCAGCUCGGAGUGUGCCCGCUCCCAGCGCAGCGCCGCCACCCUGGAGGACAAGCAGGCGGAGCGCAUGCCCUACGGCAUCUCCGUCAUCGAGCGCAACGCCAGGGUGAUCAAGUGGCUGUACGGACUACGGCAAGCCAGAGAGCCCCAAAAGGUAUCCAACGUAUAGCGACUCCAUGGAUGCCACAAACUCUGAUAGCAAAGCCUUUUCGUGUGUGUGUGUGUGAUGUACAAGGGGGUAUUUUAAUUUCUUGCAUGACUCAGUCUGGUCCCGCUGGGAAACACCCGAUGGUGGAGUCUCAUUGAUAGAGUGUCCUUUAGCUCUGGUCCCUGGCCCCUGCUGGCCUCUCCCAGCCCCUUAUCCUACCCCUGGCCCGCAGCGUUCAGAGAUCCGGUCCCUGCAGUGACGAGACGUCGCCAAGCCAAGAACUUCAAGAGUUGCAGGGCACUAACGAAGAGUCAGGGCGAGUUUCCUUGGCACAGGGGCCGAGGGGAGGAGCGGGGCCAGCCUGGCAGCACAAGUAGGGACGUUCAGUAUUCUCGGGAGUUACUGCAGGGCUGCACAUUGUCUCGGUCAACAGAGCUGGCCCUGGGAAGGGGUUUCCAUCCUAACAGGAACUGAUCCUGUAAAUAUGCAAGCUAUUAAUAAAGAGCCUGGAAUAUCGUCCCCCGUGAGCCAGUGAGAGGGCAAAGGGCUGGCUUGCACCUGCUUGCCUGGAUCCUCUUUGGCACCUGCCCGCACUGUCCUAGGAAUCAGUUGACUGAGACCGCGCCAAGAGGACUGUAAACGCCCUCGCUAUCUUGAGGCGGUUGGAAGAACACACGUGUGUACACACCUCAUGGGCGAGCCCAGGGGACUCUGUGCAGCUCAUGGCCCAGCCAACACAUGCCCGCCUCCUGCAGUGCGGCUAAGGGUCUGGUGGUCACAGUGGAGGGCUUUUCUCCGGCCCUGCAUGCACAACACAAACACAACUCCCACAAAGACUCUGCCAGAAACCCAGGGGAUCUGGUACUAAGACUUUUACUCCAUCCUGGACCGCACCCUCCAUUCCAGGCAGGGUGGACCAGCUGUGCAGAGCCUGCCCCUUCCUGCCGUAUUAGUGGGAAUGUUCUUAGCUGGGUCGGCCACGUUAGCAGAGGUCCGGUUAACAGUAACAUCCGAAGUGCAUCUCAUGCAUCUUAGGAUCUGGUUUGUGUCAGCCCAGCUCGCGGUGCCUCGAAUGAGGAGCCAUCAUUGGGCACAUCAUGCAACUUCUGUGCUUCCGCAAGGCAUGGUGUGCCUCUGGUGUGAAGUGUCCACGCCAGGUGAAUGUGCCACCCUAUCCGUCCCUCAAGAGAUCACCUUGGGGGUCC